AAUAAAAUUUGGAGAAAGAAGCCCCAUUUCUUCUACGCGACCGGCAAUUAGACCGCAGCCGCCACCGCCAUGGCCACCAGGCGAGCAGUAGCCACCGCACUCCGCUGCGCCCUCUUGACCCCAUCUCGCUCCCGCCUCACUGUUCCACUUCUCAACCUUCAAACCCUAUCUCGAAACCCGGAUUCGAAUCCGUUUAAAACCGCUGUACGGAACAAAACUUCUGGGUCGGGGUACUCUCCACUGAACGACCCGUCUCCGAACUGGAGCAACCGGCCGCCGAAGGAGACGAUACUCCUCGAUGGCUGCGAUUAUGAGCAUUGGCUUAUCGUCAUGGAGUUUCCCACUGACCCUAAACCCUCUGAAGAAGAGAUGAUCAAUAGCUACGUUAAAACCUUAGCCAGCGUUGUUGGAAGUGAAGAGGAGGCAAAAAAGAAGAUUUAUUCUGUUUGCACAUCCGUCUACACUGGUUUUGGUUGUCUUAUUUCGGAGGAGCUCUCACAUAAAGUUAAAGGCUUACCUGGUGUCCUGUGGGUUUUGCCUGACUCUUAUCUUGAUGUUCCCAACAAAGACUAUGGAGGUGAUCUAUUUAUUGAUGGUAAAGUGAUUCAUAGGCCACAAUAUAGAUUCAAUCAGCAGCCACAAUCAAGGAGCAGGCCUCGCCCUCGAUAUGACAGACGCCGAGAAACAAUGCAGGUCGAAAGAAGAGAACCGAGAGCAGCAUCCUGGACUCCAAAUAAUCAACAUGCUCCACCCCCACCACCACAGCAGCAUCCGGCCUCAUCAUUCCAUGGCCACUCUCAAGGCGUCACUGCUGGCAGUUACCAACCAAAUCAGGGAGGGUUUCAAGGAAACAAUCCAAUGCCACCCCAGUAUCCUCCGCCAACAGAUUCCCCAAAUGCAUCUCAGAAUGGAUCAAAUCAGGGUGGUGGUGGGUAUUAGAGGGAAGAAUGUAUGCAUUGUAUUCGAGGUUGAGGCUGAUGGAACAGAGGGUACCUCUUUUUAGUUUUUACCUGACCAAUUGCAUAUUGGGAAGUUAUGUUAAGUAAUUGCCAAUUUGACUCACUUUAGUUGAGUGUUUGCUUUUGUGAAUAUAUCUCCUUGAUUCCAUACAACUUUUGAAGGAACUGUUAUCUUCCCUGCAUGGUAGUCGAAUAUAAUCAUCAAUCUAUUCAUUCAAAUUGAACAUACUUUUCUUACAUGAAUACCAUGUCUGUUCACCUGCUGGA